GCUCCUCGGGGGAGGGGGCAGCCGGCGCCGUGCCCCGGGUGAGCGCACGGCGCGCAUGCGCUCUGAGCGCGGCGCCCCCGCUCGGCUCCGGUCGGACUGCGCUCGGAUAUUUCCGCCUCUUUGUUUUAAACUCUGGGCCCAGCCUUUUAAUUUUAUACCCCCUCCCCCUUGGUGGGUUGUUGGUUUAUUUAUUUAUUAUUUUGUUUGUUUGGGGUUGGGUUUGUUUGUUUGGGUUUUUUUUGGCAGGGGAGGGGAAGAGGGACUGUUGGUUCCCUCUGCCUCUGAUUACCUGCCUCGCGUCCUCUGCUUUCUCUCAGUGGUGGCGCCCGGGGAAGGACGGGCCGGGGAGUAGAGGGUCGGUGGCGGGGUGGAAAACCCCACGCCAGCCCCGAGAAGCGACCGCCCCUCGUCCCCGCCAGCGGACACGGCGCCACCCCUCCCCCGUCAGAGUCUGCGGUGACUGUGCUAUGUGAGGUGCUCCAUCUUAGAGAAACAAUAAAGCCUGAAACCUUGCCUGGAUCAUUUAGUUAACUGUGCUAAUGUCUCCACCAUCUCCUACUGUCUCUAGGUCUCUGGAUGGCAGACUCUGAAAAGAAAUGCUGUUCUAAGAGACACCAAAGAUGCUAACAAGAAAGAUUAAGCUUUGGGACAUUAAUGCCCAUAUAACCUGUCGUCUGUGCAAUGGAUACCUGAUUGAUGCUACUACUGUAACAGAAUGCUUACAUACUUUCUGUAGAAGCUGCCUAGUGAAAUAUUUGGAGGAAAACAACACCUGUCCAACCUGUAGAAUUGUUAUACAUCAGAGUCACCCAUUGCAGUACAUUGGUCAUGACAGAACAAUGCAAGAUAUUGUGUACAAACUUGUGCCAGGCCUCCAAGAAGCGGAAAUGAAAAAGCAAAGGGAGUUUUACCACAAACUGGGCAUGGAAGUUCCAGGGGACAUCAAAGGGGAGACGUGUUCUACCAAACAGCACCUAGAUUCCCAUCGAAAUGGUGAAACUAAAACAGAUGAAAAUUCAAACAAAGAAACUUCAGAGGAAAAGCAGGAAGAAGAUAACGACUACCACCGAAGUGAUGAACAGGUAAGCAUCUGCUUGGAAUGCAAUAGCAGCAAGCUGCGUGGAUUGAAACGAAAAUGGAUUCGUUGCUCAGCACAAGCAACAGUCUUGCAUCUAAAGAAGUUCAUUGCCAAAAAACUAAACCUUUCUUCUUUCAAUGAGCUGGACAUAUUAUGCAAUGAAGAGAUUCUUGGCAAAGACCACACACUCAAGUUUGUAGUUGUUACUAGAUGGAGAUUUAAGAAAGCGCCUCUACUGCUACAUUACAGACCCAAAAUGGACUUGCUGUAAGAGAACUUUAUUGUCCUUCUGGACAUAGUUUUUUGCAGAGACUAUCAUCUGGAAUCUUCUUAGUGCAUCACUAAUCACAUGACACAAACCAGCCGGAUAAUUUUGGAAGACUGUAAGGCUUUCAUAGCAGACUAUCCUUCCAAAUAUUCUUCUAGGGGUGUAUUACCUAGAUUUCUGGACAGAAAAUAUUUAUACUUUUUUGUAUGGAAGAAAGAAGUUGCAACUCAGCAAGACACUACCAGCACUAAGUUUACAGUUACUGAAAACACUUCACAGUUUCAUGUAGCUCAGCCUGAUUUAUCUCUACAGUUACACAGAAAUAAGUUUAAACUGUUGUGGGGUGAUUAAAAAAAAAAAACCGUUGCUUUUGACAGGAAGUUGGCAUUUAGUUACUUUUGACAUUCUGAAUCUUUAAAAACCUAUAUUUUUGCAAAGUGUUGUUGUCUUCUGUAGGAUGCCUGAUUGCAUUGGCUUUACUCAUUUUUUUUUCCUGUUGAGUGACUAGCGAUAAUUUAUGAUGCGGUAUUGAAACCUCUGAAAAUCUGGGAAGCCAGUGUUUGUCAUUUUUGCCUAGUUUACUGCUCUCUCUCUCUCUCUCUCAUUUUGUGGUUUGGAAAAGAUCUGGUAACCUCUGUGCAUGUUGAUUUGGUAACAUUAAUAGAAAUAGCAUCAGUUGAUUUUAUUUUUUUUUCAAUAUGCCCUGAUAAUUUGCCAUGGCACAAAUGGCAAGACACUAAAAACAAAUUAAACCUCAAAAGUGCUAGAAUUGUGAACUUGUUAAAAAAAAAACAAACAACAACCCAAACAUUUCUUAUGUAGUUGUGGCUUGCAGAAAUCAGUUUUUAAUUCAGAGAGAAUUUUUCUCUUGCUAGCUAUUGAAACACUGGCUCCUGGGAACUGCUGUGUGUGCACAGUUUUUGUUUCACUGAUUCUGAUCAUUAUUAGGAGCUGUAUAUUCCCUUUACCCAUUAUUUUACAAGACCAUAACAUUUUCUUUAAUAGAAUUCUUUUAGUCUCCAGUAAAGUCUUUUUACUAAAGACUUUACUCAAGUCUUUCCUUUAGUAGAAUUCCCCUGUCUUGGCAGGAGGCAGGUCAGACAACGCUAUUUUGGCGUUUUCUGGCCUUAACUGGUAAUUUUGCUUGCUUCAGCCCUAAUGGCUGCAAGUUGAUAUGUGUUCAUAUAUAACUAUGUAUGUAAUAGAAUGCACCCUCAAACACACUUAACAGGGUUCACUGCACUCUUUAUCAGUCUUUUUUAAAUAAUUGGCUAUUAAAAAGCAGUAGCUGAAAGUGAUUUCUGCAAGCUGUACACGGGAUAGCAUAUAUAGUAUAAUUGUAAGAAUGUAUUUUUCUGGCACAGGUGUCAAGUCACUGAAAACAGGCUAUGCUAUGUUAGUGUCAGCUGGAAAUAGUUAAUUUCUUAUUUUUGGAGGAGUUUUCCAGUCAGAUGAAAAUGCUAUUUUACAUUACUGUCAUUAAGCCCUGUUACUUGGGAUAAAAAAAAAACAAGUUUGCCUGUAACUGCCCUGCUUCUUCUAUUUGUGCCCCUCCCCAUCUCCUGCUAGAAAGUGUUUUGUUAAUAACAGGAAGCUGAUACAUAAGGAGGUUUAGACAAGCAUUUUAAAAUCCUCUUCUUGAGUUUUCAAAGAACCACAUUCUUUGUCAUGUACCCCAUAAUUUCCUUCUUUGGAAUCUUCAGUCCUCCUUUCUCAGCUCCGCUGUAGCAGAAGGAGUGUUCCAACUUGUAUUUACCUUUGAAAACAGGGUUCCUCAUUUUCAAUCAGUCACAGAAGUCAGUAGGAAAGAAAUCAAAAAGUAUGCAAGCAGACAAUGAAAGGGAGCCUACUGAACUAUGGAGAUAGAAAGGAGAGCCACAGAAAGACCAAAAAGUGCUUCUGUCCUUCCAGAUGAAGGUAUAGGAUAGCUGUAUUUCAGUGUUUGGGUUACACAGAACUCCACAUCCAGGGUGGCUGGGUUUGUGUGUGGGGUGUGUGUGUCUGUUGCAUGCAUAUGAGCAAUGGAAUUGAACUUGGCUGUGGUUAUGUCUUACUGUUUGUGGUCUGGGAUAUAUGUGUUUUAGCUUUCCUCCCCCUCCCCGUCUUUAACGUGACUUGAACUGGCAAAAGUGAACAAAUGAGAUCAUAAAUCUACUAUUUUUACAAUUUUUUCACAAAAUGGUGAGUGCAGGUGAUAUGGGUGUGUAUAUAAAGUGUCAUACAGGGCCUUCCUGGAGCUAUUCAUGUGGUUAUUGCUGUCCUAGUUUAAGUAAGGGACUGGCUUUAACCAUGGAGGCACUGAGAACUGAGCAGGGCUGUUAUGUGUCCAACUUCUGUGCACCAUGAGUAUACAGACACUGACUGUACCUGAUGUAGACAUGAAAUUAAAGCUAUCAGACAGCAUUCUCAUUAACCACCUUAAUCAGGAUAGGUAUAUACAGUUU